AGAAAAGAAUAUUGUGUAUAACUCUCAUUUAUAGAUCGGUCAACGACAUGGUGGAUUCCUUGGCAUUUUACAAAGAGCACUGGCAAGAGCAUCUCCUCACAUUUGGUUUGAACGGGGUGAAGCUAAGGAUCGUCAUUUGGUUGCCGAAAGACUAAAACAGCAUGUGUCAGAUCCCAGCAAUCCGCCAAUUCUGAUAUUCCCGGAAGGUACCUGUAUCAACAAUACGUCCGUUAUGCAGUUUAAGAAGGGUAGUUUCGAAGUGGGCGGCGUUAUAUAUCCCGUUGCCAUAAAAUACGAUCCCAGAUUUGGCGAUGCAUUCUGGAACAGCUCCAAAUACUCAAUGAUGCAAUAUCUUUACAUGAUGAUGACGUCGUGGGCAAUCGUGUGCGAUGUGUGGUACUUGCCGCCAAUGUAUAGACAAGAAGGCGAGUCGGCGAUAGAUUUUGCCAAUCGUGUCAAAGGUGUUAUAGCCAAACAAGGCGGUUUGGUCGAUUUGGUAUGGGAUGGCCAGCUGAAACGCAUGAAACCGAAAAAGGAAUGGAGAGAAAUACAACAAAUUGAAUUUGCAAAUCGAUUAAAAUCGGACUGACGUUUCAGUUAAACACUUAUUAUGUUAUUAUUUGUAAUUUACAAUGGAGAAAUGUAAAAAUAAAUGACUUUUACCAAAAA